AUCAGCAGCACCAGCAUGUCCCAUCUCUCCUGUUCCAGUCUCCCUCCCUUUCUCCAUAUUGCAGCUCCUUCACAUACUAUCAUUUUUUAAUAUCAUUUCCAGCUUUCCUAUAUUUUAAUUUUUCACUCCCCCUUGUCAUUUUCCCGCCCCAGACAGUUUUCACUCUCAAUUUCUUGGCCCUGUCAGCUCCAAUUUCUCUCCCUUUUACUGCCCCUGGCAGCUCCUGUCUCUCUCCUCUAUCUACAUCCCAUACUAGUGUUACGACACUGCAAAGUGCAGGUGGAGUCCGGGUUUCCACGGCAACCACAUCCUUAUAAGGGAGAGCAGCCAACUCACAUUGUAAAGGUCAGAAUAGAGCAAAGCGGGAUGGUCGAACCGGACCGAGCUAGGAGCAGCAGCAGGUCCAGAAGAGUAGACAGUGGGGUGUGUUGUGCCCCCCUUCUCUACCACAGACUGAAUCCUUACAAUGGCUGGCACUGUAGGCUGCUAAACGGCUCCCUGCAGAGCUGUCUUCUCUGAUGGAUUUGCACUCAGUGCAGGAUUUAGCUGUGACAGCUUCAGACAGCCUCACACCUGGGUAGUUGCUUCAAGGCGCCUCCCCAAUCCUGCUUUCUGGGCAUCCAUGCAACCCCGAAGCCCUGAUGUAUAGGGAGAACCAAGAGAAUGCAGUACUUGGUGGCCUAGAUAAUUCCUCAUCGACAAGAAGUUCUCGACAUCCACAAAGCUCUCAACCUGGCCUUGCUGACCAAGCAGCUAAACUGUCCUUUGCAUCAGCCGAAUCACUAGAGACCAUGUCGGAAGCUGAGCUACCGUUGGGCUUCAAUAGGAUGAAUAGAUUCCGACAAAGCCUUCCUCUGUCUCGCUCCACCAGUCAGACCAAGUUGCGCUCACCAGGUGUACUGUUCCUUCAGUAUGGCGAUGAAACAAGGCGAGUGCACAUCACGCAUGAAAUUAGCAGCAUGGACACACUACAUGCACUAAUAGUGCACAUGUUCCAGCAGAAACUCACCAUGGGAAUGCUAAAGUCACAUAGCGCUGCUAUACUGAUCAAGGAUGAGUCCCGCAAUGUCUUCUAUGAGCUGGAGGAUGUCAGAGACAUCCAAGACAGAAGUAUUAUAAAGAUCUACAGGAAGGAGCCCAUUUAUUCUUCAUUUCCUGCUCCUCACAUCACCAACGGGGACGUGAGACGAGAAAUGAUGUACUCUUCCAGAGACUCCUCUCCGACACGGCGCCUGAACAGUAUGUCUCCUGCUCCUCACAUGGCCUCUGGAUCACCUCCACCUGUGAUCCAAUCCUCCUCCCCAGCCAGAUCUCGCAUGUCUUACAGUGGGGGUCGCCCUCCAUCCUAUGCUGGCAGCCCUGUACAUCACAAUGAACGAAUGUCAGGACUACCUCCAGCACAAGGAGUAUCUCCUAGUCCCAGUGCCAUCCUGGAGAGGAGAGAUGUUAAGCCAGACGAAGACCUCUCAAAUAAAAAUGUUGUAUUGGUGAAGAACGAAGGUCUGUAUGCAGACCCCUAUGCUAUGGUCCAUGAAGGCAGACUCAGUAUCACCUCAACCCAGUCAUUAGCUGGAUUGGGUGACCCAUUUUCAUAUGGAGGGGGACUGUACAAGAGAGGGUCAGUGCGCUCUCUUAGCACAUACUCUGCAACUGCCCUUCAGACUGAUAUGGAAGAUGGCAUGUACAAACCCAACUCUCAGAUUUAUGGGGACACAUAUUCUUCUGGGCUAGGGUUCCGUAUCCCACCAUCUUCUCCACAAAAGGUAUCAGAUAGUAGGAUGGUAGAUGUACAACAGAGCCAAGGUCCCCAUAGUCCCUACUCCGGACCCUCCAGCCGCUCCUCUCCUGUACGCCAAACAUUCCGUAAGGACUCCUCCUCUUCUGUUUUCAUGGAUAGCCCAGUUAGCAAACAGAGGAACCCAAGCUCUUCCUCAGGGAACAAUGAAAUAUUCCCAGGACCUGGGGAACGUCCACUUUCUGGGUUCAGCUCUCCUGUGCCUACCAAGGAAGUGGAAACAAGGGAGAGAAUGGAAGCCAUGGAGAAGCAGAUUGCUAGUUUGACAGGACUGGUGCAGAGCGCACUCAUGCGCGGUUCUGAUAGUGAUAGCCCCAGUGAGAAGAUGGAACCAGCAACUGAUGGUGCAUUUAAUACAACGGCCACUGGACAUCCCAGCAUAGGAACCCCCCAGUCCACUCCUACCUUAACAUCUGCAGGCUCAGCUACCCCUGCAGACCAAAGCAAAGCUAUAUCGCGGUUACACAUGCAGCUUCACCUCCAUGACCUUCAGCACAAUGCCAACGAGCUGCGGAAUCAGCUGCAGCAACUCAAGAAACUACAGCUCCAGAACCAGGAGACAAUUCGCAGCAUGCUGAAACGUACAGAAACAGAAAUCAGCGUGCGGGUAACAGACACCUUGCGCAAACAUGAAGACCCGUUACAGAGGCAGCGGGCACUGGUGGAGGAGGAGAGGCUAAAAUAUCUGAACGAAGAAGAGAUGAUUACACAUCAACUUAAUGACAUGGAGAAAUCACUGGAGAAGAUAAAGCGGGACCUGGCUCACAAUCACCGUCUGAUCUCAGUGCAGGAGCUGGAGGACAAGGCUGUUGUUCUCAAGCAGCUGGGGGAGAAUCUGACAGAGCUGAAGGCUCAGUUCCCAAGUCUGCAGAGCAAGAUGCGUGUGGUUCUGCGUGUGGAGGUGGAGGCUGUGAAGUUUCUGAAGGAAGAGCCGCACCGCCUCGAUGGGCUUCUGAAGCGAUGCAAGAUUAUCACUGACACUUUGGCCCAAAUACGCAGCCCUCUUUACUUUUCCAGACAAGUUGAUGAAGGAGUUUGGAAUACCCCAGAGAACCUUCACAAUUCAUCCCCGAAACAAGUUACUUCUGGAAGCGAGUUCAAAAAGAAUACAGACUUUGAGUUUCCCGCCAGCCCCCCAACUAACCAACUGAGUGAUACACAGACCCAAAACUGGGAGCCUCUUUGUCACAAUGAUACUAACACACAGAACAGCACUCCCACACGAGGGGAGAUGGUAACUGUGAAGACCCAGACAGUGCCAGAGAUACCAGCCAAGAGAGUGGGAGUAGAAAAGCCCGUGUCUGUGGAGGCAGCAGAACGAGACUGGGAAGAGAAGCGAGCAGCCCUGACUCAGUAUAGUGCAAAGGACAUUAAUCGUCUACUGGAGGAGACUCAAGCCGAGCUUAUGAAGGCCAUACCUGACCUAGACUUUGCAGCUAAACACAAGACAGCUACCAGUGCAUCAUCAACCCCAGAACACCGUGCCAUCAAACCACAGCCAGCUCAGAAACUCAGCACAAAGAUAGAUCCCAAUGGAAGAAGGGGUUCUGAUGAGCUGACUGUACCAAGAUACCGGACAGAGAAACCUUCCAAAUCCCCCCCUCCACCUCCACCUCGCCGCAGCUUUCCCUCCUCACAUGGGCUCACCACCACUCGCACAGGAGAAGUGAUUAUUACUAGCAAGAAAGAUGCUGCCUUUAUCAAGAAAUCCGAUUCUGAAGAACUUGAAACCCAAAAGCCCCAGGUGAAACUGCGCAGGACGGUGUCCGAGGUUGUACGUCCAGCAUCUACUCCCCCCAUCAUUGCUUCUGGUAUCAAGGAUGAUGAUGAUGAAGAUCGGAUUAUUGCUGAGUUGGAGAGUGGAGGAGUUUCCAUUCCUCCCAUGAAAAUGGUGAGCACGGUUGGCUCCCGGCUGAAGAGCGUACAACCAAGUGGCGGAGACAAAAGCAACAAACACUCCAAGCAGAGGAUGGAAUUCAUGAGGAUCCAGGGGCAUCAGCAGCUCUAAGAAAUCUUCGGCAUCAAAGGGCUGAAAAGCGAGAGACCUUAACAGGACCAACAUGUUUGACAGUGCCUGUGUCCAUCCACGCUUGACUGUUACACCUGCAGCUGCUCACCUCUCCAAAUGAUGUAAAUAGAAAUCUCCAGAAGCCCAGGACUGUGCUGGACAUGUGAUUUGGGGGUAGAAUAUUGUCUUUUUUUAAGUCUAGUGUGAUGCUUUAUUUGCAGUUUUAUUUUUAUGAGUUAUUUAUUUAUUAUACUUUUUUUUUUGCAGAAGAGAGAUGUGUGUGUGUGUCUGUAUGUGUAGCGUGGCAAGCAAUAAGUAAAACCCCCCAAAAGCAGAUGUUUUGUGGGUUUUCUGGGCUGCACCCCAAAUUAGUCUUAUGCCGUAGCACAAUUGUGAAAAAAAGAGGCCAUUGUAGAAUUUUGCUUCAAUGCCUGAAGAAAUCUCACAAAGCACAAAGGAACAAGGCAGAAAGAGAUCAUAGCUUGUAUGUACCAUGAUCCUGGUAUUAAAUGACCACUCACAGAGUGAGAGAUGCCAAGUCUGGUGGCAGCAGAAACACUGUUAAAUUUGUCUAGCAAUAUCCAUGCUCUAUUCAGCAGCAGUAGAUGGACUUCAGAGUACAAGGUGAGGGGGUUACCAUGAGCAUUCUAUUCAUAAAUAGGAGGAGAGAGGAGAUCAAAGAUGUGACACUUGGAUCAACCAGUAACACUAGGUGUGAGGUCAUGUCAUUGUACUAUAAAAGCACAGAGUCCAGUGACAUCUAUCUAUGAUAGUUGAAUGUGUGUUGGGGGUUUGUUUAUCUAGGAAAAGUAUGUUAUAUGAAUGGUAGGGAGAGCUUGGGAACAAAUCACGUUUUCUUUUUACAUAUGUCUUUUCACAAUCCAAUCAUUUUUCUCCUCUUUUAAAUCCUAAUUUGUCUUUGUAAAAUGAAUCAUUUUUGUACAGAGAUUGAGUUUUUAUGAGAAAAAAAACAAAAAAACAACAACAAUCCACAAUUUCAUUGUUUUGGAUUGCAAAACAGCAUUUUAC